ACUCUCUCUAGCAUGGUGGUGUGGAGCCCAGUGCUGAACCUCUGCUUUGCUGUCUUCAACCUCUCCCUCGUUGCUGUUUUAUGGGCCUGUGUGCGUUGAGAAGAGAGAAAAGAAAAGGCGAGAUUUUCUCUUGGUCGAAUCCUUCACAACACUUCUACCUUUUAAAUGCAUCCAUGCACCCAAUACUAGCUCAGAUUGAGCGAGGACCAAAUUAACUAUAAUCCCACUUCUAUUCUUUCCUCCUUUAUAUCCAUGGAUCCGCAGAUCUAAUGAUUUCAUUCACGCUUGACUUUCUCCUUCUUUCCAUUUCAUUUUCUUCUUCAGCCGGGGUAUUCGAUAUCUCACCAUCUAAUAUCUAUAGUCAAUUUGUCUAGUCUUGUGAACCGAUCUUGUGGUGAGUAGUUCAGGACUUUUGUAAUCGAAACUGAUAAUUCUUGCGGUGAGGAAGUUUUGGGAACGUUGAUAGAUGAGGAAAUUCUGGACGGCUGUUUGGUGAGAUGAGGGAUGUUAUCACAGUUAAUGAACCUUCUACAGGCCUGCUUGUGGCCACGUUCCGAUCAAAAUGCACGUACAUGUUCAGAUGCUGGAGGUCGACAAGAUGGAUUGUUGUGGUACAGAGACUCGGGGCAGCACUUGAGCGGUGACUUUUCAAUGGCCGUGGUCCAAGCCAAUAACUUGCUGGAGGAUCAGAGCCAGAUUGAAUCGGGCAGUUUGAGCACCAGUGAAUCUGGUCCUUAUGGUACCUUUGUUGGUGUUUAUGAUGGACAUGGAGGCCCUGAGACAUCACGGUUUGUUAAUGAUAACCUCUUUCACCAUCUUAAGAGGUUUGCUGCGGAGCAGCAAUCAAUGUCAGUUGAUGUAAUUCGCAAGGCACUUCAAGCUACAGAAGAGGGAUUUAUGUCUCUUGUUGCCAGACAGUGGCCAAUGAAACCACAAAUCGCAGCUGUUGGGUCAUGCUGUCUAGUUGGUGUUAUUUGUAAUGGAACCCUUUAUGUAGCUAAUCUUGGUGAUUCAAGAGCUGUUUUGGGAAGAGUGGUCAAGGCAACUGGGGACGUACUAGCUUUGCAACUGUCAACGGAGCACAAUGUGGGGAUAGAGUCUGUAAGACAGGAGCUGCAUUCUUUGCACCCUGAUGACAAACAGAUUGUUGUUUUGAAGCAUAAUGUAUGGCGUGUGAAGGGCCUUAUACAAGUUUCAAGAUCUAUUGGUGACGUUUAUUUGAAAAAGGCCGAGUUCAAUAGAGAACCUCUAUAUGCUAAGUUUCGACUUCGGGAGCCAUUCAAGAGGCCAAUACUGAGUUCAGAACCAUCAAUAUCAGUGACCCAAUUGCAGCCACAUGAUCAAUUUAUUAUAUUUGCAUCUGAUGGGCUCUGGGAGCACCUUAGCAAUCAAGAUGCAGUUGAUAUAGUUAAAAAUAAUCCUCAUAGGGGAAGUGCGAGGAGGCUGGUGAAAGCUGCCCUUCAAGAAGCAGCAAAGAAGAGAGAAAUGAGAUAUUCAGACCUAAAGAAGAUUGAUCGUGGGGUUCGUCGACAUUUCCAUGAUGAUAUAACUGUGAUUGUUGUGUUCCUGGAUUCGAAUAUCCUGAGUAAGGCAAGCUUUGUGAGGUUCAAUAGUAUAUCUGUUAGAGGUGGUGGCAUCAACUUGCCUCCUAACACACUGGCACCUUGUAUGACACCAGCAGAGACUGGUGGUACCUGAUUUAAGUUGUAUCAUACCUUUCUAUGUUGUAUCAUUCUCUUGUGUGAAUACCAGGCGUCUUCAAAUAGCAA